CGCCCGGCGGCUGUGGGGCGGCGCCGGGAGGGCCCCAUAGCCCCGGAGGGCUCCGGUUUCCCCUCGGCUGCCGCCGGCAUAAGGCCCGGGGCAAAAAUGGGCUCCUAAUAAUCAAUCUGGUGCCCGGAAAAGUGUCAUUUUGAGGAGGAAUUGAUUGUAGUUGCUAGCGAAAGGCGUUUGCGUGGUCAGUGAGCCGCGGUGUGGGGUUGUUCUCUGCCGUUACACGUAUCCACGGGCGAUUUCUGCAUCUCUUCCUGUCUGUCUGAACCCUUUAUUCAUGGAUUACAUGUUGCAUGUGCUCCUCGGGUUUUAUCCGCGGUAGGGAUGCAGCAGCUGUGCUCUCAGCGUGCUCUGCGUGGAUGGGGGAAGAGGAUACGUUUAACUGGUUUGUGUUUCAGGGGGUCCCCCCGUGUUUUCAGCACUGCAGCUCAGCAGAGAAGUACAGGAGACGAGUGUGGCCCAGAAGAUCCCCAUGAUGAGCCCAAGCAUCCCCUUUCUGACUGUGCCAUAAAACACAAAGCCAUCAAAUUAGAAGAACAAGUCCGAGAUUUAACUGAGAGAUACCGGAAAGCUUUGGCGGAUUCUGAGAAUGUCCGGAGGAGAACACAGAAGUUUGUGGAAGAUGCCAAGCUCUUUGGGAUCCAGAGUUUCUGCAGAGACCUUGUGGAGGUAGCAGAUAUCUUGGAGAAGACUGCUGAGAGCGCUGCAGAAGAAGCAGAGCCUAGUAAUCCAAACCCAACCCUGAAGAAAAUCUACGAAGGUCUCUCUCUCAUAGAGGCCAAAUUACAAAGUGUAUUUGCCAAACAUGGCCUUCAGAAGAUGAACCCUGUUGGUGGCAAAUAUGAUCCAUACGACCAUGAAAUAGUCUGCCAUGUGCCAGCGGAGGGGAUGCAGCCAGGCACGAUAGCACUGGUGACUCAGGAUGGGUAUAAACUCCAUGGUCGCACCAUCAGACACGCGCUUGUCGGCGUGGCAGUAGAGUCACAGGAAUGACGUGGGCUUGCCCACCAGCAUCUGGGACCUUGCUCGGCUGAGGACCCCUCAGCACUCAGUGACAACUGCAGCUGCAUGUCUUUACUUAUUUAUUAAGCUAGGUUUGUAUUGUAUGUUGGCUUCUUUAUAAUGUGUGCAGUCGUUUUGGCAUUCAUUCUAAGGUACUUUAAUAAUCCUUUUUGGAGUAUGUGGAGUAAGUAGUACUAGGAGUCCUGCUAUUUGUCAGAAACAUGGCACUGUAGCCCCUUUCUCCUUUGCUCAUUUCUCCAUUAAGAUUAAGACUCGUAUGGGGAAGAGGAGAGAUACAGGAGAGAAAGGGAAUUCUCUGAGAGCUAAGGAAUCUUGUCUCCUGGCUCCAUCUCUGAGAUGGAUUCCUGCAGUGGCCUUCAGAAAAGUCACUUCUCUGCCUCAGUUUUCAUAUCUGUAUUAAGGGAAUAUAAUAAUACUGACCUACCUCACAGGGAUGUGGUGAGGCUUUUUCUUUGCAAAGCACUCAGAAGAGGAAAAGCCCAAAGGGCUGAGUAUUAUUAUCAAGCUGUUUUGGUGUCUUCCCUUGUCCCCAGACCCCUCAGGUGAGGAUAAAGAUCAUCACUUGAAAUGACAUUGAGGGGCAACUUUUUCUUAUUUUCCAUUCAACUUCAGGAAAAGAAUCCUGAGUUAAUGAAAUCUCUGUUGUACUACAGCUGAAUAGGGAUGAGGUUUUGAAGAGAAUUUGGUUGUUAGGUCAGACUAAUGUGUUAAUAUUUGUUCUCCAGGUAAAAUUUCAGCUUACCUCCUUGUUCCUAAAGGUAAAACAAGGGGUAGUGGUUCUUGGUGAAGACAGAAAACUGUUCUCAAAUCUCUUCUUCUCCAACCAAAACCUGUAUUUUAGAGGAGAGUAAUUUCUCUUCCCUGAUGGGUAUCUGUGCAGCAUUGAAGCAUGAUAAACUAUAUGCUCUUUGUUGCAGCUGCUGGCAAAAUGGAGAUGUGCCCUUAAGCAGGAAAUCUGGACUGUUUUAUUUUCUCAGCUCUCCAAUAAUGGUACUCAGAUAACACCAACUUCCAGUUCACAUUCAGACUCUACUUCUGUGUGCCCGCAGUAAAUGUUAAACCUUUGGGGUUUUGAUGCAAGAAGAGAAAUAUUUUCUACUAGAAAUUUGAAGUGCCCUUGAACCAAUUUUAGCAGCGGUGACAAGAAAGCAAGAGAAGCAGAAAGCUGAGGAAGUGAAAGUUGACCUCAAGCUGUCCUCUUAGUUGCAGGCAUGUUGUUGUCACAGCAUGGCAUAUGUAUUUCCCAGUGGUCCUUUUGCCUGGGAGUCCAUUUAUCUCAGCUGAACGGAUGCAGUCGCUGAGUAAGAUCAGAAUUUAACCCUUUACAGAGAAGCAAGCAGUAUAGUGACAGAAGAGUUUUAUAAAACCAGCCUGUGGUCUGCACAACACAAAGCCAAGGCAGGAAUGGUUGUUUUCAGGUUGGUCCUUACUGAUUCAAUAAGUCCCGCUUUUUUACUUGCUGGAACUGGAUCCAUGGCCUGACAGUUAUUUGAUACCGACUUCCAAAAGCUCUUUAUUUAUUUUGGAUCCCAUCACUGGUUUGGAAGGAAGCUUAUUCUUCUCCCAUUCCUUUGCAGGCUUCAGUUGCAUAAUCCUUUUGUGGUGGACCUCAAGAUUACUGCAGCCUUCACUUAGCAGCUGUCGACAGUCUGAUCUGGGGAGACUGUGCAGUUGAUGACUGUCAUUCCAGAAAUUUAAGGAAGAUGCAUGUUUUUAAUAUGCUUCAUGCAAGCUGCUUUGAUAACAGCUCUAUGUGGGUGACUCCGUAGCAGUGUAUUUGAAGUGCAGUUUUCUGCCACUGCACAGUUAGGUUUUCAGGCAGGUACUUGUGAUUUCAACCCUGAAACAGUGCUUCAUGGCAGCAUUAGAUCAUUUUGGACUAACCUCUUGUUCAGUGCUCCUGUUGUAAUGUGGUGUUGGAAAUCUCAGAGAUAUGCAGGACCUCCUGGUCACUGUUUUGGUGGUCUGCAUGCUGACUGGGCCACCAGGUUAUGCUGUUACCCAAGACAAAGAACAGGUGAAAUCUGAGACGUGGCAAUGCAAGUCUUGCUGUUCUGCCUCAAGACUGUCUGCAGCCUGUUUGAGGAAACUGUCUUCAGCUGGAAGGAGCACUGGUUCUCUGCUGCUCCUUCAGCCUCUGCUGUAUCAGCUGAGUCUUUUUGCAAUAUGAGGGGAGAGCUGGUUAUGAAAACUUAACUUUGAACGUGAAGCUUUCUUUGUAAGGAACUAAACAAAAGCAAAGGCAUUUUAUACAACAGGUAGUUUUGUGUUGUAGCGAGGCUGCAGCUCACCUGAGCCGCAUUUAAAAGUUGUGUGUGACCAGAAGUGAUGGGAUCCAAAUCCUCUUUAAAUGGACCCACAGAGCCACUUGACUGUGGAAGUAUCCUGUGGCUGCUUGGUCCACCUUCAGACUAUUUGCCAACCUUCCUGCCUCCUCAGCUUGUAUUCACCCAUUUUUGCCUUAAAGAAAUAUCCUUAAAUGCACUCCAAACCUUCUGUCUGUACUAAGAGGUUAUUGAUUCAGCUUGUGUGUGGGAUCUAGUUUCAGUGAGGCACUGCUGGGUCGCUAGGGCAGGAAUCUGAGGGAUCCAGUUCCUGUGCAGUCUUUCUCACCUUCCUGCAGGCCCCGUUUAAUUUGGGCCAAGUUAUUUUCCCUGGUUCUUUUCCAUCUAUGAAACUCCUCCAGGAUCUUACCAGGCUUUUAUGCUGAUUACUGUAAGAUGUACCCAUCGUUCAGAGAGUUUUACAGAUGUUACCAAAGAGAUAAAUACUGUAGCUGUUGUUUGUCCUCCUUUCUGCUUCCUUUGAAUGUUGAAAUGAAAAUGAAAUUACCAAACCUGGAUUCCACUGCAGAAUCCAGAUUUCCUAGGCAAAACUCGGUUUACUUGCCUUUCAAGCACACUUAUGAUCUCUUCUUGUGGAUGAGAUUGCGCAUGGGUGGAUUGAGUUUCUCUGCUGUAGGUGCGUGCUCUGUAGGUCUGCCCUGUUUGUGUAAAGCUUGCACACUCAGCACAGUGGGGCAGCAUCCCCACUGCUGCAGUUCCAUUGCACUCUGCAGAGUUACACCAGCAAGGAGACCAGCCCAUGAGCUUUUUCUCUCCAGUCACUUUAUCCAAUGACUAGUAAAACAGGAGUAUGUUAGUAGGGACAGGGUAGAGGAGAGGAAGAGGACAUACCUCUUAGUGACUUAUGCAGCCACAAGCUGGAGAGCUGGGAAUGCAGACAGCUAGGUGAGACAUGCAGGUGGUGUUGGUGCAUGGACCUGCAUUUCUGCUUUCGAGAGGUGGCAGCCCCACCAGCAGUGUAGGCAUUUGCCUUGUUCUGUGACCUUGCUGCACCCGUUGGUGGGAUGUAUUUGAGUUGAGCUCCUGAUGAGUCUCCAGCUGUGCUGUCUCAUGAGUGCAGCAGCAUCUGAACUCUGACCAGGAGCAGUAUAGAAUGUGAAUGUUGCUUUGUGAACCUUAAAUUCUCAGUGCUUCAUCAGCAGAGCUGCUGUUGGGAGACAGCUGUGAUAGAGCAAUAGCUAUUAGCAGUCCUUUAACUUUUAAAGAACCCUGUAUUUAAGUUUUAUAUUGUGAAUAUUGUAGUAUUUUUUAUUUUCAAACUUGAGAUGCUCUGAUGUUACUUGCAAAGGCAAAUGAACAAAGUGUUGCUAAUCUCCAAAACCCUAGGUUCUUUUAGUUGCUGGGAAGCCUGUAUAUAUUGUAUUGUUUUGUGUUUCUGUGCUCUUUGUUUACCCAAAGGUUCUGGCGGUAUGAAAUACAAAGACUGAAGUGUGGGAGUGGUGCAAGUAAUUGACAACAACAUUUGAGUUAAUGUUGGAAAGGGCUGAUCUCCUUUAGAUGUCCAGAGACUAUUUGCUAAUAAAAAAGCAUUGCAGUUGC